GGAAGCGAGCGGCGGACCAGGGGAAGGCGGCGGGCCGGAAGCACGCGUGGGGAAGAUGGCGGACUGCGGCGGCUGGGAGAGUUUGCCGCUCGGGCUCCACCCGCGGGUCCUCGAGUCGCUGCGGGAGCUGAACUUCACUCACAUGACGCCGGUGCAGUCUGCAACCAUUCCCCUGUUUAUGAACAACAAGGAUGUAGCAGUAGAGGCGGUGACCGGCAGUGGGAAAACCUUGGCUUUCGUCAUUCCAACUUUGGAAAUCCUUUUAAAGCGCGAGGAGAAGUUAAAGAAAAUGCAGGUUGGGGCUCUCAUUAUCACUCCCACCCGGGAGCUGGCUGUCCAGAUCGAUGAGGUGUUCAGACAGUUCACAGUGCACUUCCCACAGUUCAGCAGCGUUCUGCUCUCAGUCAGAUUCUCUUAAUUGGUGGGGGGAAGGAAUCCAAUGGAAGACGUGGAGAACUUCAGGAAGAAUGGAGGGAACAUCGUGGUGGGCACUCCUGGCCGUCUGGAGGACAUGUUGAGGCGACGAGCGGACGGGGUGGAGCUGGCCGGAUGUGUGAGGAGCCUGGACGUGCUGGUGCUGGACGAGGCUGACCGGCUGCUCGACCUGGGCUUCGAGGCCAGUUUGAACACCAUCCUGGGCUUGCUGCCGAAGCAGCGGAGGACGGGGCUGUUCUCGGCCACACAGACAGACGAGGUGGAGUCGCUGGUGCGUGCAGGGCUGCGUAACCCAGUCCGUAUCACAGUCAAGGAGAAGGGGCUGGCGGCAGAGAGCACACAGAAGACACCGAUCCGCCUGCACAACUACUACACGAUCUGUCGAGCUGAUGAGAAGUUUAACCAGUUAGUUGCCUUCCUCCGUCAGCACAAGAAACAGAAACAUCUGGUCUUCUUCAGUACGUGUGCCUGCGUGGAAUAUUUUGGGAACACCCUGGGCAAGUUGGUGAAGAAUGUGCAGAUCAUGUGCAUCCAUGGCAAAAUGAAGCACAAACGGCAAAACAUCUUCAUGGAGUUUCGGCAGCUGGAAAGUGGCAUCCUGGUCUGCACUGACGUCAUGGCCCGCGGCAUCGACAUUCCAGAGGUGGACUGGGUGCUGCAGUACGAUGCCCCCAGCAGCGCCAGUGCCUUUGUCCAUCGCUGUGGACGAACUGCUCGCAUUGGUCACCAUGGCAACGCCCUGGUGUUCCUGCUCCCCAUGGAGGCGACUUACGUCAACUUCCUUUCCAUCAACCAGAAGUGUCCAAUGCAGCAGAUGAAGCUGUUGAAGGAUUCUGUGGACGUGUUGCCAAGUCUGAAGAAGUUGGCUGUAUCGGACCGUGCUAUCUUUGAGAAAGGAAUGAAGGCCUUUGUGUCUUUUAUUCAGUCCUACGCAAAACACCAGUGCAGCCUGAUAUUCCGCAUGAAAGAUCUAGAUUUUGCUGCACUGGCCAGAGGCUUUGCUCUCCUUAAACUGCCCAGGAUGCCCGAGAUGAGAGGAAAGGAUUUCCCAGGUUUUACACCCGAGGAUAUUGACACCAAUUCUAUCCGGUACAAAGACAAGAACAGGGAGAAACAGAGGCAGAGGUUGUUGGCACAACAAAAGCUGGAGAAGCAAAAUGAAACCAAAAAGAAAUUUGUGAAAAAUAAGCCUUGGUCAAAGCAGAAAACCAAGAGAGACAAGAAGAGAAAGCAGGCCAGCAAAAGGAAGCUGUCUGAUGAUGAGGCCGAUAUCGAUGAACUGCUGAAUGACACCAGAUUACUGAAGAAGUUAAAGCAGGGCAAGAUCAGCAAGGAAGACUUUGAGAAGCAGCUGACAGGAACGUGAAUCGUGGCUGAAGUGGACAUUUGUAAUAUUCUGUGAAUAAUUCCUUCAGCAGUUUGUUUUAUUUUAAAACACAUUAAAUUCCAGGUUUAAUAUAACAACUUGCCUGUAAUUUUAGUUGGAGAAUCUAUUGAGGUGAGUUGAGGACUGGAGAAUAACCUGCUUGUGAUGGACCAACUGGUUUGAAUAGUGACCCUUGCUGAGCCCAGCUGUGAACUGGACGAUUAAAUAGCUUUGUUGUGGCUCUGAACUUGGACUAGUUAUGCGAGAGGGAAGGUACAGCAGAUGUGGACCUGUUGCCCAGAGGGGAUGUUUCUGAGGGAAGGGAAGUCAAGGGACAUCAGGCAUGGUGACAGCCCCCUUUGGGUCUGGGUCACUUUGGACACAUGUCACAGGUUCUUCUGUUGAAGCUGCUCCCCAACCUUUGGGCAUUUGAGUACUUCCCUAUUUCCAAAACCAGGUUACGUUGAAACCUUGGAAGGCCAUCUAUUCAUCCUGAUAGUGAGAGUCUUCUAGUAGAGCCAGAGCUACAAGUGGAGAGUAAAUGUCUGAAUAUUUUCCACUUUAGGCUGUGCAGGAUUAUUCCCCCCAUCACUAUCCCACAAUCAUUCAAGUAUUGCUUAGUCAGCGUUAUGAUGCACAAGAUUACAGUAAUGAUGUAUUCAACACACAGCCCUGUGUUUUUGAUAUUUUCUAUGUCGGAUAAUGCUGAAGAAAGCUGAGAAUAUUAAAUAUUUAAUUUGUUCAGCU